AACACUUAGAUAAACUAACUGGUAGGAACAGGUCUAGUAGCUACGGGGGGGGCAACUCCAAAUCACUUAACAAGCAACACCAAAUUCUGCUCAGGGGCUGGAGAUCAUUUACCCAGGCUGGGGCUUCUGGAGCAGGCAAGGACCCCAGGACCCUGGAAGAGCUGGUCCAGGGGACUGAAUUCCCCAUAUCGCCCCAGAGCAGAGCAUGAUCACACUUGUGCCCCUGCUGCUGGGCCUCAGCCUGGGCUGCACCAGAACAGGUGGCUUUGUGGCCCACGUGGAAAGCACUUGUCUGUUGGAUGCUGAUGGGACUCCAAAGGAUUUCACUUAUUGUGUCUCCUUCAACAAGGAUUUGCUGACCUGCUGGGAUCCACAGGAGGCCAGAAUGGCGCCUUGUGAAUUUGGGGUGCUGCAUGUCUUGGCAAAUUGCCUCUCAGAUUACCUCAACCGACAGGAAAACCUGAUCCAGCGCUUGUCCAAUGGGCUCCAGAACUGUGCCACACACACUCAGCCCUUCUGGGGAGCACUGACCCACAGGACACGGCCACCGUCUGUGCAGGUAGCCAAAACUACUCCUUUUAACACGAGGGAGCCCGUGAUGCUGGCCUGCUACGUGUGGGGCUUCUAUCCAGCUGAUGUGACCAUCUCCUGGUGGAAGAAUGGGCAGCCUGUCCUCCCUCACAGCAAUGCCCAUAAGUUUGUCCAGCCCAAUGGAGACUGGACAUACCAGACCCUCUCCCAUUUAGCCACAACCCCCUCUUUUGGGGACACCUACACCUGUAUGGUGGAGCACAUUGGGGCUCCUGAGCCCAUUCUUCAGAAAUGGAGAUUGGAAGGAGUUAAAGGUAAUGAGAGAAGUUGCACACAGAUUUGGGGAUUCUUGGGACAGAGAAGAGGAAGAAAUCAGAAAGCAGAAGAGUGUCUACAAAGGGCCAGAGAACAGGAUCCCAGACAAGCUGCUGAGACCAGGCAUCCGUGCAGAGAGCUGAAUCUUGCUCGGCAGCUGGAAAGGGCAUGAGGAGCAGAAGGUGGAACCUGCAGGUGCACCUGAGCUCCCUGGGGAAGUCUCCUUCCCAGCAUGCACAAAGAGCUUGCUUUGGUGGUGGGAUGUUCAUUUUAACAUGGGAAAGGAAUCCAGGCAGGAUGAGAUUCAGAGCAGGACCUGCUUGGGAAGUGGGGACUAUGCUGUGGGGGUAGAGACAGUUCUGGAAGGACAUGUGGGAAAUCUGGAUGUAAAAAGGUAGGAGACACAUAAGUACUUGGAUAACCCAUGGAGUGGGACAUUGGAUGUUAGGAAAGUAGAAAGACAUUUUAAUAGGAAAAUGCUCAAAACAAGUAGGGGAGCAAACUGUCACUAUGGCAUGUAUGGAGCAGGGGAAUGAGGAACCCUUUAUUCUUUAGUGAGGGUGCUUUUGGGGUGAAGGAAGACAAGAUGAUGCCAUGAGAGGCUGCAUUGUAUUGGAGAGGAACUGGGAGCUAGGCACUAACUCUGGGGAGAGGGUUCCCCAAGGUUGCUCUAGGAGUAGAGAUCCACAGGAUGGGGGUUUUGAGGAAAGGCUGUUUCCUUGGGAGUGCACUGGGGUGAUCUAGACUCUUGGGGCUGGGAUAAAGCUCCCUGACCUGCUAGGUGGAGAUCACAAUAAAUUAAGUUGCUCUGGGAAUGAGCAACUGAGAUUGGUUCUAGUAAGUUUCUAUUU